AUGAAAACAGCCGCAGGGGACAUUCUUGUUCGAUGGCCUGUAGCAAAAGGCAUUUGCUGCUACGCCCACCUCAGCUUUGCAUACUCAAAGGAGGAUGGACAAGCCAUCUUUGCAGGAGGAGAUGAUGAUGAGGAUGAUGAUGAUGAUAUUGAUGAUGAUGAUGAUGAUGAUGAUGAUGAUGAUCAUGAUAAUGAUGAUGAUGAAUUUAAAAACAAUGAUAAUAAUAAUAAUAAUAAUGAUAAUCACAAUAACGAAGCGUCGCCAGGGACUGACAACACUGCCCAGAGGCACCCAACCCGCAGCACAGCAGCCUCAUUAGCAUUUUUGGUGCAGCAGCAGCAGCAGCAGCAGCAGCAGCAGCAGCAGCAGCAUGCAGCAGCAGUAGCAGUGCGGCUAUUGCAAGUAUUGUUCUUCAUUCAGGGGCUUUAA